UAGUCGUAAGAGUAAAAGUAACCUGCAUUGCGACGUAUGUGGAGAGUAUUUUCGGUCUAUAGAUCACAUUCUAGGAGGUGAUUGCCACGUAACAUGCUCAAAAUGUCAAAAGAAUGUCUGUCAAAAACGUUGUGCCAACUUCGACGAACAACAAAAUGUUUGGACUUGUAAAAACUGUCUUCGUCCACCAGAGUCCUGGUUUCAAGGAAUAUUAUACGCAAUCCAACCCAACAAAAAGGAUUUUUCUAUGGAUUCUAAUAAUGUUAUGGAAUCUAGUCAAGUAAAAAAUGUGGAUCAUGUUCAAAAAAGUAAGGAACAAGUUCAAGAUUUUAUCGAAAAAUUAGUUAACUCUAUGUUAGGACAAAACAUUGAUGAUGCUAACAUAACCAAAAUGUACAACGAUGAAAAUUAUCUUCCCUUGACCGGUCAACAGUCACCAUGUACAGCACAUGCAGCCUUAAAGCAGCUCAUAGAAAAACUCCUCCACGAAGUAGCAAAUUUACCACAACUACAACGACCUCAACAAGGUACAGCAAUACCACCAGAUCUGAAUAAUAGAACAUACGAGGACUUACUUGCUACGGCCAUAUUAAAUAAGGUUAUAUCAAAUUCCCAAAAUGGUCGUCCGUCAUCAUCAGCUGCCAGCGUUUCUAGUAGAAUAUCAAACUCCUCCCACAUUAAAGAUGAUAAAGGAUUCUUCUUCGGAGAAGAAACGUUGGACAGCAAAUGGAGGCAUCCAGAUAUAGAAACAACAUCAGUUUCAAGCUUAGAAGAUUGGCUACAAACUGAUUCCAGUUUUGGAUCACGAAAAUACGUCGACAGAGUUACUCUUACGAUAAAACAAGAUAUCGAGGAAGUAUCUCACGCCAGCGAUUCAGAUCCCGAAGGCAACGAAGAGGAUGACAAUGAGUACUUCCGUACCAAAUCGUCAUUUUGGAGCGAUGAUGAACCCAAUUGGUUUUUACAGAAGCGAACUUUUCAAGGAACGCAUUCACCGGUACCGGUACCAAUGUUGGUGCCGAAUCCAACAAUAGAAGCAAAGGUACUAAUAGGUGAUAAAGAAGUAGACGAUACAUCAGAUUUAUCAGACGUAGAAUCAGAAUACGGAGACACAGAAAUUGUCCCAGCACGGCACAGCAUACUUGUAAAUUCCAAAACACUAAUAGGAGGAAAAAACCCAUUACAAAAUGGAGUGGGAGAUAUGGAAUCUGAGAGUGAAUCUUCUGCUGAUUCAGGUGUAAAAGAAGUCGAUAGAGGCCAGUCUGUAUUCGAUGAAUCCGAAUUUACGGAUAGAGCCGAAGGGGGCAGUCAAAAUGAAGAUGAACAUCACACAUCUUUUGUAUCUAAAGCAGAUAUUACAAUAGAUGAUGAUAAUGUAGAGGAUGCAUCACUAAUGUCAGUAUACAGCAACACAGAACAGGAAGCAGAAUACACAGAGAGGUACGCAUCAUUGCCAAGAAAAAUAGAAAAGAGACCAGAUCCUCACCCUAGGUCUUCAGAGAAAAUUAAAUCCGAUUACACGAAUUACGAAACACCACAUAAAGUGGAAGAUUAUGAUAAGGAAGCUGAAGAAGUGAGACGAGUACAAAAGCAUUUUUCAGGUAGUUAUAGUACAAGAGAGAAAGAAAAAUGGAAAAAUGCUGUAGAAAUGAAAAAUAAUCCUUAUUCUAAAGAAAAUAUAGAAAAAAGGAUAAAACGAUCGAGUAGUGGAGUAGACUCUAUUUUCGGACCUGAUUACUAUGCCAAAAUGGCGUCGUCACCAUCAGGAACUAAAGGGAAGGUAAAAGAACUCGUAUGGCCACCUAUCGGAAGUGAAGAAUCGGAGGAUAUUGUGGAUUUCAUCGAAAAAGAAGAAAUUCAACAAGUACCACCAAAACACAUUUCAACAACGUACAUAGCAGCAGAAGAAACCAAAGACAAUUUUAAAGCAGUUCCCGUUAUAGUAGAACCCGUAGAAGCAUCUUUAUCGCUAGAAACAAGUUUACCUCCAAAAUCACCUCUGAACGGAUCAGAGAUGACAAGUUUAACAAGCGACAGCGAUUUGAGUUACGUACACGUUUAUGAUGUAGAAAAUGCAGUAAUCACCAAGAAAACAAGAGACCAACCGGUCAAGUCAGAGCCUGAGAAGAAUAAUCGAUUUGUAAAAGGUACUACCACUACGACCAGAAGGUUUACGAACAAUCAACCCCUGAAAAGAUAUAAAAGUGAAACAGAUUUGCUCGACGAUUCAUUUCAUAAUCCACCUAAAGUACUGGGGAGGAAAAAGGACAAUACAUUGAUUUCAAAAAUUUAUUUGGACCCUCACGUUAGAAGUUUUGCGUUAUCUAAUAGGGAACACUUACCUAUAAAUAAUACGGUACCUACUUUUAGAACACAGUUGAGUUCUCCAGAGAUGGUUCUGGAUCACAAAGCUUACCAUUCUGACGAUGGACUAAGCUUAAGGCACAGCAAAAGGUACUUCAGUUCACAGGAAGAUUUACUCAGCUCAAAUUCUAUUGAAGUUCACAACGGAACAAUGACUCACACUGCGAAAAUGUCAUUUAGCUCAGAAGAUGAACAAUUUUCAGAAAAGAGUCCAAUUUUUAGCACAGCACCAGUAAAUAGACGGGUAUAUAGUUCAAGCGAAGAUUUACUUUCUGCUGAUGAGACUGAUUCUUCAAAGAAAAGGGACAACACACUCAUAUCAAAAAUUUAUCAACAACCUCAUGUUCGGCAGUACGCUCUGACUGCCAGGCCAUUUAUACCAGUAAAAGAAGAAAAACGAAUCGAAAAAUCUAUUAGUUCGGAAGAUGAAGUGUUUAUAGAGAUCACAAAAGCUCCCAAAGUUAGUUCUCCGAAAGUUUUGACAGACGUUGAUACGCAGUUCGAAACGAUGAAUAUUAAAGAAAAGGAACCUGCUACAAACGAACAUGAUAAUGAAAAUGAUCCAGGUGUUGAAGAAAUAGCUAGAAAAAAAAUUGUGCACAACUUUCUACAAAAAUAUUCCACUUCAAGUACAAACCUGAAAAUAGCAGAUAGUAGGGAAGAUAUAAAUAACGAAGAGGAUAUUACUAUUUCUGUGAAAGAUUUAAGAAAGAGGUUCGAAAAAAAUCAGCCCAAAAAUAAUAUAGUAUCCAGCUUAACGGCUAGAAGUUUAUCAAAGCAAAUGAAAGAAGAAUUAAGAAACUGA